AUGGCACCAGCGGCUUCUCUUCACACGAAUAACCAUGCAGAUGGCAACAUUAAUAGUACCACAUUGAAAGCAACCGCGCCCUCAUUCCACCCAACAGGAACCCCAGAUCCAUCCAAAUAUCACGCUGCCUCGACGAACGAAGCCAUUAGCAGUGAACACACCCACGCGGCCCAUAACUACCAUCCGCUUCCCAUCGUCUUCUCCAGAGCUGCAGGCUGUUCUGUUUGGGAUCCUGAGGGCAACGAGUAUCUCGACUUUCUCUCGGCUUAUGGCGCUGUCAAUCAAGGCCACUGCCAUCCAGAAUUGGUCAAAGCCUUGAUUGAACAAGCAUCAAGGCUGACACUGAGCUCGCGAGCCUUCUAUAACGAUGUCUUCCCUAAAUUUGCAGAAUUUGUUACCAAAUUCUUCGGAUUUGAUAUGGUCCUGCCAAUGAACACUGGGGCCGAAGCGGUCGAGACAGCCGUAAAGAUCGCAAGGAAAUGGGGCUACAAGACGAAAGGCAUCCCACCAAAUGAAGCAUUGGUCUUGAGUGUAACGGAGAACUUCCAUGGCAGGACAUUCUCCGCAAUCUCCAUGUCCACUGAUUCUGAAUCUCGAGACAAUUAUGGCCCUUUCGUGCCGAAUCUUGGCUCUCAUUGUCCUAAGACAGGGAAGGAUCUUCACUAUAACGACAUUGAUGGACUCAAGUCUGCAUUUUUGGCACAUGGGCACAAAAUCGCAGGCUUCCUGGUCGAGCCUAUCCAAGGCGAAGCAGGGAUCGUUGUGCCUGCCGAUAACUAUCUCAAGGACAUUCGAGACCUCUGUGACAAACACAACGUACUCAUGAUCUGUGAUGAGAUUCAGAGUGGUAUUGCAAGGACUGGCAAGCUGUUAUGCCAUGAGUGGAGCGGUAUCAAGCCUGACUUGGUGCUUCUGGGCAAGGCAAUCUCCGGGGGCAUGUACCCAGUGUCGUGUGUCCUGGGCUCGAAAGACAUCAUGCUGACGAUCGAGCCUGGCACUCAUGGGUCAACGUACGGUGGAAAUCCACUUGGUUGUGCUGUCGCUAUUCGAGCUCUGGAAAUAGUCAGAGAUGAGGAUAUGGUCAACCGUGCCCAAGAACUGGGCGAGCUAUUCCGCAAUGGGAUUGAGAAACUCAACAAUCCAAUGAUAAAGACGGUCCGAGGCAAAGGUCUUUUCAAUGCCGUAGUCAUCGACGAGACGAAGACAGGAGGCCAUAGUGCCUGGGAUCUGUGUAUGCUGAUGAAGGAGAAGGGCUUAUUGGUGGGCAGAGCUCUGAGGAUUGCCCAUGUGAAGAAUAGUGGAGAUGCUGAUGAUUCGAAGGCGAAACCGACACAUCAGAAUAUCAUUCGCCUCACGCCUCCGCUUGUCAUCACUGAACAGGAAAUUCAGAAAGCCUUGAAGAUCAUGGAUGACGCAAUGAAGGAGCUUCCGUCUCUGAAGGGAAAGGAGGAGGACAAGGUGAUUCCUGAGCCAGAGAAAAAUGUCAAGAUCAUGGUCGAUAAUUAA